AUGGUCAUUGAAAACAAGACGAGACGUAUCAAGCAACUAAUCAAAGUGGACGUGAACCGAACGAUUCCGUUGGAUAAAAUCUCGAAUUGGACAAAGCAUCUCGCUGACGAGGUGUUCCGCUCCAUUCCGGACGGCGACGACGACGUGGAUAUCGUCAUUACUCUUGACUUUUCUGGAAGCUCCGGAAUCCGAAAAACUCAGAAAAGGAUGAUCAUGGAUACAUUGGAAGAAGAACUUCUUAGAUGA